AGCGGGUGCUUCUCUAACCCGAGAGGCCAGACCAGAGGGGCACAGACCCCUUUCUACCACAUCCACCAUGUCAGACCAGAGCGCUUCCCCUCCAGAAGACAGCUCCGGCUCUACAAACGACAAACAGAACAGGACACAGGUUCAAGACAUUUUUUUCUCAUCUCCAGAGGAGGACAGCAGCUUGUAUUUUACGUACAGCGGAGGUCGCAAUGAAGUGGAAGUCCGCAAUCUCAAUUAUGAGGUGGAUAUAGCUGCACAGAUACCCUGGUAUGAGAGGCUGUCGGAGUUCAAGAUGCCCUGGGAGAUGCACAGCAACAAGCAGACCGUCAUACAGGACCUAAACCUCCGCGUGCACAGCGGCCAGAUGCUCGCCGUCAUCGGCAGCUCAGGCUGCGGGAAGACCUCCUUACUGGACAUCAUAACGUGUCGAGAUGAGGGCGGCACGACGAAGUCGGGAGAGAUUCUGAUCAACGGGAAACCCUCGACACGUUCCCUGGUGAAGAAAUGCAUUGCGCACGUGCGGCAGGACGACCGUCUCUUGCCGCAUCUCACGGUGCGAGAGACGCUGGCGUUUGUGGCCAAGCUGCGGCUGCCUGCGCACUUCACCCAGCAGCAGAGAGAUCAACGGGUGGACGACGUCAUCGCGGAGCUGCGCCUGAGGCAGUGCGCGCACACGCGCGUCGGGAACGAGUACGUGAGGGGCGUGUCCGGCGGAGAGAGGAGGAGGGUCAGCAUCGCCGUGCAGCUGCUCUGGAAUCCAGGUAUUCUCAUCCUAGAUGAGCCUACUUCGGGUCUGGACAGUUUCACAGCCCAUAAUUUGGUCAUUACAUUGUACCGUCUGGCUCGAGGGAACCGGCUGGUGUUGCUGUCAGUCCAUCAGCCUCGUUCAGAUAUCUUUCAGCUCUUUGACCUGGUGGUGCUCCUGUCUUCUGGCACAGCUGUGUACUGCGGUCAUGCCCAGCACAUGGUACCUUACUUUACUUCUCUCGGAUACCCAUGUCCGCGAUACUGCAACCCGUCUGACUACUACGUGGACUUGAUAAGCAUCGAUCGGCGCAGUCCUGAAAAGGAAGCGCAGUGUUUGGAGAAAGCCAGGGUGCUAGCGGCCCAGUUUGUAGAAAAGGUGAAGAACACAGAGGAUUUCAUGUGGAAAUCAGAAGAUGGGGGUUUCCCGGCGCUGGAUGCCCCGCAAAGUGUUCCUCCCGUCCCGAACAAGGAAUCAGCGAUCACAGUUUGCAAAAAGAAGGAUCGCCUGCCUGGAAAACUGCAACAGUUCACCAUCCUAAUCAAACGGCAGGUAUUUAAUGACUUCCGAGAUCUGGUGACGUUGGUGGUUCAUGGUCUGGAAGCCUUGUUGAUGUCACUGCUCAUCGGUUUCCUUUAUUUCGGAGCUGGAGACGAGGGUCUUUCUGUCCAAGAUACCGUGGCCUUGCUCUACAUGAUAGGAGCUCUCACACCCUUUGCUGUGGUGCUGGACGUCAUCGCAAAGUGUCAUUCAGAGAGAGCCAUGCUUUAUCAUGAACUGGAAGACGGCAUGUACUCAGUCACCUCGUACUUUUUCGCCAAGGUCCUCGGGGAGCUGCCGGAGCACUGCGCCUUUACGCUGGUAUACGGCGUGCCCAUCUACUGGUUGGCUGGACUCAACAGCGCUCCCGACCGCUUCCUGCUCAACUUCCUGUUGGUGUGGCUGAUGGUGUAUUGUAGUCGCUGCAUGGCUCUGUUUGUGGCGGCCGCCCUGCCAACGUUACAGACUUCCUCUUUCAUGGGCAACGCGCUCUUCACCGUCUUCUACCUGACGGCCGGCUUUGUCAUUAGUCUGGAAAACAUGUGGCUGGUGGCGUCUUGGUUUUCUUACGUAUCGUUCAUGCGCUGGGGUUUUGAGGGAACGCUGCAGGUUCAGUUUCGUGGGACUAGGAUCCCGAUCACUAUCGGGAACCUCACCGUAGAUUUCGAUGGCAUUAAGGUUGUGGAGCUGAUGAAAAUGAACCAGUAUCCACUGUAUUCCUGCUACCUGGUGCUUAUUGCGGUUGCUUUUGUGUUCAUCGUGCUCUAUUUUCUGUCACUCAAAUUCAUUAAGCAGAAGUCCAGUCAGGACUGGUGAAGAGGACAAAUCAGCGUGAGGUCAAGGCCACACCGCAGCUUGUUUUCGCAAAGAAACCCACAUCUAAAAAAUGCCCAUCCACAGCACAGACCUUGCAAACCGAGAUCUUUUAGACCUUUUUAGACAAGUCUCUCUCCACAACAAAAAUAUGAUGAUAUAUAUAUAUAUAUAUAUAUAUAUAUAUAUAUAUAUGUGUGUGUGUGUGUGUGUGUGUGUAUGUAUGUAUGUGUAUGUAUGUGUGUGUGUGUGUGUGUGUGUGUGCAUUUUACUACCACUAACUGCCGCUGGAUGGCAGUAAUGUACUACGUUUGCACACUUUUUUUAAGUUAAAAUAAUUACUUUUUUUUUCUGGUAAACCAUAAGAAGUCAUGUUUGGUAGAUAGCUUUAAACAAAUUUACUACAGCAUGUAGAUUUCUUUUAUGUAUUUACUAUUAUUUUCUUUUGUAAUUCAGAAUCGCUUUGUAUGUAUAACAUUAUUAUGGAACGGUGUACUUCUGCAGGAGCUUUGAAAGCUUUGUUAGAGAUUUAGAAAUCUACAAAUAUAAAUGCUUGUGUUUUGUUGUUGUUGUUUUAAUGAAAAAAGACACUGCAUUCAGAUCAACAAGCUAUGCAUUCGUUCCA